AUGCCUAGUGUGUGGAAUAUUUUGGCGGUUGCCACGGCCAUUGCCGGUGGAGCCCAAUAUGCGCUAGCCCAGAGUACUGGCGCCUACACAGAUUCGCGCACCGGGAUUGUAUACCAAGCCUAUAGAAACCCAAAUUUUGGAGGUUAUACGUUCGGUAUUGCAUUGCCUUCAAGCCCAACCAAUGAGUUUAUCGGUCUUCUCGAAGGGCCUAUGGGAACUCCCGCCAACCGGUGGGCAGGUGUGAGCCUAGGGGGUCCGAUGAACGGACCCACUUUAAUUGUUGCUUGGCCAAACGGUAAUGAUGUCGUUACGUCGUUUCGAACCGCAUCAAACUGGAUGGAACCAACUGUCUUGACGCCUAGUGGGGCCCAAUUGACGAAGAUGAACGUGGCUGUGAACUCGACGCAUUGGUCUUUAACCUUUAGAUGCGUAAAUUGUAAUACAUGGGCGUCUGGCUCUCUUGAUCUGACCGGUAGUGCCGCUGUAUUUGGAUACGCACAAUCUCCAUAUUCUGUUGGCACCCCAUCCAGUUCGAGCUCUACUUUACCGCCCCACGACAAUGCUUUUGCAAACUACGGUCUGCCCUUAACAUCUGCUCGCAAUGCAAAUUAUGCUUCUUGGAUAGCCCAGUACCCUGGAAGUGGAGGAACUAGCUCUACCACUACGACUCGAGCCUCCACCACAACCGCCACCACAACUUCGCGAACUACAACUACAAGCGCUGCCCCUCUUCCAACAUUCUCCCAAACAUUUGAUUACAUCGUGGUUGGUGCAGGCGCAGGCGGUUUAAUUAUGGCAGAUCGCCUUUCCGAGUCUGGGAAGUCUGUCCUUUUGAUCGAACGAGGUCCACCGUCAACCUACCAACAUGGUGGUAGAAUCCUGCCCCCUUGGGUCGGAUCAGCACCAUUAACCCGUUUUGAUAUCCCUGGCCUCUGUAAUGAGAUCUGGGCCAAUUCCUCGGGGAUUGCAUGUACCGAUAUCUCGGGAGGCGUAAUGGCAGGUUGUGUACUUGGCGGCGGCACGGCAAUUAACUCUGGUCUAUUCUGGAAACCGCAACCCUACGACUACGAUAACACCGAUUGGCCAACGGGAUGGAAAUAUAACGAUAUGUCACCAUACGUCGAUAAAGUCUUUUCGAGAAUUCCAUCCACAACCACUCCAUCACAGGAUGGGCAGAGAUAUGGACAAGACUUGUAUAAUCUUAUCUACAAUGUCCUCCAACCGAAGGGCUGGUCCCCAAUCGACGCUAACAGCCAACCCAACCUCAAAAACAGAACAUUUCACCACACUCCCUAUAUGUAUAGUGGUGGACAACGUGGCGGUCCGCUUGCCACAUAUUUAGUAUCUGCAAAAGGUCGAAGCAAUUUCAGACUUUUUAUCAACACCUCGGUUGUCAAAUUGAAUAGAAAUGGCGGUCAAAUAACGGGCGUUGUCACGGAAUCAACUGGGGUCGGUGGCCAGCGAUACCUUAUCAACGUUAACACCAGUGGGCGCGUCGUCUUGUCUGCUGGCGUUUUUAAUACAGCUAAAAUUCUCUUCAGAAGCGGGAUUGGACCAUCUGAUGCACUCAAUGUUGUGAAAUCUAGCACAGAUGGGCCUACUAUGAUCGAUAGCAGUCAGUGGAUCAAUUUGCCGGUUGGUGAAAAUCUCCACGACCAGGAUAACACCGAUCUCGUCUUUUCGCAUCCCACCAUAUCUUCGUAUGACUUCUAUGCUGCAUACGAUGAGCCAAUUGCGGCAGACAAGGACAAGUAUCUAAACCAGAGAGCUGGGCAAUUAGCGGAGGCUGCACCAAACUGUAAUACCGUAUUUUUCGAAAACUUUGCUUCGACGGACGGCCGAGUCAGACAGGUUCAAUGGACGGCCAGGAAAGAACCAUCCUUGGGGGCCGCAGGUGAUACUAUGGUAACUCUGAGUUUGUAUCUAACAGCGGGCGCUACCUCUCGGGGCCGUUUAACAAUACAGCCAUCGCUCAACACAGUUGUGAGCGUCCUCCCAUACCUAACCACACAAGCAGAUAUCGACGCCAAAGUCAAAGCCAUCCAGUCCUGGAUCAACGCCGCAAAUAACUACCCAGAUCUAACAUUCGUUUUCCCAACAAAGGGCCAAACCGCUGCUGACUACCUUGCGAACUAUCUCGGUGGUCAUGGUAGUAACCACUGGAUGGGUACCUGCCGUAUGGGAUCCGAUGACGGGACUAAGGGUGGGAAAGCGGUUGUCGAUCUUAAUACUCAAGUUUGGGGCACAAAAAAUCUUUUCGUUGUGGAUGCCAGCAUUUUCCCGUCCACAAUCACGGCUAAUCCAAGCGCGUACAUUAUGACCGUGGCCGAACGUGCUGCUGCCAAAAUUUUAGCGCUGGCUCUCAACAGCAAUCCUGGGGGUUCAUCCUCAACGACGACAACCACUCGCAGCACUACAAGCACAACUCGUGCCACAACCACGGCUUCUCGCACGACCACUGCUUCCCAACCCGGACAAACACUCUACGGGCAGUGUGGCGGCGUUUCUUGGACUGGUCCAACUGCCUGCGCUGCUGGUUCAUGCCAAUACCAGAACCCAUAUUACUCACAAUGUCUCUAG